CAGAAAUCAGAGGAUACCACAUCAGAAGUCAUCAUACGAGAAGGCCGCAUCCGAGGAGACGAGAAGGCCACAUCGGAGGAGAUGAGACGACAUAAACAGAGGAUGUAAAUCACCAGAAGAGAAGUCAUCAUCAGAAGCCAUACGAUACCAGAACCAGAAGUCGCCAGACUAAAAUUAGACGUUUUUCUUUUCGAUAUUAUUAGCCAACAUGAUGAUACCUUGUAAAGCCAAUCGAAGAAGGUAUCUAUAGAAGUUCAACGAAGGCGAAUUCGAGGACGAAACAAUGAAUAAGAAGACGAUGUAAACGAAGAAUGAUAAUAUGUAUACCAAGAGCAAAACGACGACAACGAAAUAGCAACAGAGAUGGCAAGAAUAACAAACGAACACAUAUUCAGCAUAAAAUAAAGAGAUUAUUAUAAUUAUCUUAAAAAGAACAAGUAGCACUUAGCUACAGAUGGAAUGGAAAAUUUACGACGUUAUCCUACACCAUACCGAGGAAGAUAUUGAUGAAGAGGGAUGUAAGGAUGUACAAUUUCAAAGUUGCCAACGUGGAAGGAUUUCGAGAAUGAUACUUUGUAACGAGUAUUUGCUGACCUAAGCAGAAUAGCAGAUAAAACAGGUGAUAAUAAAAUCCUACAAUUUGUGAAAUGAUUGAUUUCACCAAAGUUGAUUGAUUGUACAUCGCAAGCUCAGCAGUAUUUUCUAUAAGAUGAUAACGUACCAGACAAUCCAUAUAUAUAAACCCUGAUGAAUUAAUCCAGAAAUUAGAGGAUACCACAUCAACAGAGGAUGUAAGUGACAAGAAGAGAAGUGAUCGACAGAAGCCAUACGAUACCUGAACCAGAAGUCGCCAGAAGUCAACAGAUGUAAUAAGGAGUUCAUCGAUGUAAAAUUAGACGUUUUUCUUUUUGAUCUAUUAAUGUAUGUGCAAUGAUCAACGUCAUAGGAGAGGCCAAAGAAGAAAAAAAUUUUUAUGUUUAAAGAAAUUUUUUGUCUUGUUGAAUCACCUGUUGUUUAUUCAUUAACAUUCAUUGUUCGACGAAUAAAAAAUGAUCAAUCUAAUCAAUGUAAAUUAUUGGUUCAUAUCGGUGCCGAUUGUGUUCUUAUUCGGUACGCCAAUAUUAUAUGUUUCGAUACUUUAUAUUGCCACUUUGAUAUUACAUUCAUAUCGAAUCCGAUAUCGAUUACCGAUAUUCGAUAAACAACAAAUCAUAAAUUUCGAUCAACAUUGGAAACAUUGGAAUGAUCCGGUCACAGUUGUUUCUAAAUUUUUCACAAUCAUUGGACGUGUAUGGCAUGAUCAUGAAAUAAUCAACAUGAAUCAUAUACCCGAUGAUGGCGGUGCAAUCAUCGUAUUCUAUCAUUCAACAUUGCCAAAUGAUUUUCAUUAUUUAAUUGCAAAAAUUUUUCUGGAUAAACAUCGUCUAAUGUAUACGAUUACUGAUCAUUCAUUAUAUUAUGUACCUGGAUGGUCGUUGUUAUUAAAAGUUUUUCAAUUAAUACCUGGUACACGUAAUGAUUGUAUACAAUUGUUGAAACAAAAACAUUUAUUGGCACUUUCACCUGGCGGUUUACGUGAAGCCAUGUUUGGUGACCACAAUUAUCAACUUGUAUGGGCUGGCCGUCAAGGUUUUGCACAUGUUGCACGUGAAGCACAAGUACCAAUCAUACCGGUAUUCACACAGAAUUCACGUGAAGCAUUUCGUUCAUUACCAUUACCAUUUAGAAAUUUUUUUCGUAAAAUUUAUGACCGUUUUAAAAUACCAAUGUUUAUACCAUACGGUGGUUUACCAGUCAAAUUAACGACAAUUAUUGGCGAACCAAUUCAUUUCCCGCCGGAAAUGUCUGCAUCAGAAAUUGCUGAUUUGACAGCAAAAAAAAUGGAACAAUUAAUCGAUCGUUAUCAAACACGACCCGGUUCUAUACUCAAAGCAUUGUGGCAACGUUUUUGUUCAUUUAAAUAAAUGAAUAUCCACCACCAAAAUCAAACGAAAUCCAACACAGCAUUGAAAGAAAAAGAUUUUUUU